CUGCUUUCAUUUUUUACAAUAGUAAUUGGCAAGGUGACACAUAAAGAAUCCCCCCGCCAUUUCCACAUCCAAGAGUUCAAUCAACGCAUCCUCACCUCAUCUCAUCUCUGCCGCGAUCACAAUUGUUAUCCACAAUCUCAAAACCCUAAAACUCUCGAUACACUCUAGCUAUCAGAAUGGAUCCCGUUAUUCCCAUUGCGCUUCUUUCGAUCCUUCUCGGAGCUGUCAUCGCUCUCCUUUUCUUCAAAACCUAUUUCAUUAAGAGAAAAUCCGAAAUUAAUUCUAUCGCCAAACCGGAACCCCAAUCGGAUCCAAAGAAACCCACGAAACCUGCUCAGUCUGUGACCAAGAAAUCUCACGCCAAACCUCACUCUCAUGCUUCUGAUAAGGAUCAGAAUAAGCGACAUCAUUCAUUGGAUUUGAACACUCUAAAAGGUCAUGGAGAUUCAGUCAGUGGGCUGUGUUUCUCUAGUGAUGGACGGAGUUUGGCAACUGGUACAAGGGUUACUAUGUAUUUUCCAAACAUGUGCAGAUGGAGUUGUCAGGGUAUUCAAGUUGGAUGAUGCCUCAAGUAAAAGUUUCAAGUUUCUGAGAAUUAAUUUACCUGCUGGAGGUCAUCCAGUGGCAGUGACGUUUUCUGAUGAUGCAUCUUCUGUGGUGGUGGCUUCUGAAACUCACUUCGGUGCAUCUUUAUAUAUGUAUGGGGAAGAAAAGGCUAAACCUACUAAUGACUCUAAGCAGCAGUCUAAGCUUCCUCUACCAGAAAUCAAAUGGGAACAUCACAAAAUUCAUGAUAAAAGUGCUGUUCUGACAUUAGUUGGAGCAGCUGCAACUUAUGGGAGUGCUGAUGGAAGUACUGUUGUUGCCUCUUGUUCAGAAGGUACUGAAAUCAAACUAUGGCAUGGAAAGACUGGGAAGGUUUUGGGAAGUGCCGAUACAAAUCAAUUGAAGAACACGAUGGCUACUAUAUCCCCAAAUGGACGUUUUAUUGCUGCUGCAGCUUUUACUGCAGAUGUGAAGGUUUGGGAAAUUGUAUAUUCGAAGGAUGGUUCUGUCAAAGAGGUUCCGAAAGUUAUGCAACUUAAAGGGCACAAGAGUGCAGUGACUUGGUUAUGCUUUACUCCGAACUCGGAGCAAAUCAUCACAGCCUCCAAAGAUGGUUCUAUAAGAACUUGGAACAUCAAUGUUCGAUACCACCUUGAUGAGGAUCCUAAGACUGUAAAGGUUUUUCCAAUUCCUCUUCAUGAUUCAAAUGGUGCUACUUUGCAUUAUGAUCGACUCAGUUUAUCUCCUGAUGGGAAGAUACUGGCAGCAACGCAUGGUUCAACCUUGCAGUGGUUAUGUGUGGAAACUGGGAAGGUUCUGGACACAGCUGACAAGGCCCAUGAUGGCGAAAUCACAUGGAUGGAGUGGUCUCCUAAGACGAUUCCAACGGGUACUGGACAGACCUUCGUGUUGGCCACAGCUAGUGUUGACAAGAAAGUGAAAUUGUGGGCAGCUCCAUCACUUCAUUCAACCUAAAGGAAUCUUCUAUUUAACUUAUUUCAAUUACAGGGCCAGAAAUUUCUUCUCUUACUAGGCGGUUGUUAGCCAUUGUUUCACGAGUUUUUAGCCUUACGACCGUUUUAGUUGAGCACUUAAAGAAAGUUACGGUAGAGCAAAUAUGGCACGAACUGAGGAAGGAUUUCGAAUUUGAUAUUAAGAAAAAAAAGAGUUUGUUGGUUUGAAUAGCUAGAGUUGCAUGAUCAGACUGAAAAUUUUGGUAAUGCACAACUUUCACAAAAUGUUGGAUUAUGUGUUUUCCUGUAUACAAUUUUGAAUUUAGAUGGCGUUGCCUUCUGAUUUAUUUAAACCUUGCUGAAUCUAAUGUCAAUGAAUUUGUUAAGC